UCCUCCUGCUUUAGCCUCUCAGCGUGCUUGUAGGAUUGUGCCACCAGGCCCUGCUUAAGAAUCUGCAUUUCUAACACAUUUCAAGUGAUGCUGUGGGUGUAAGUGUGGGGAGCACACUGGAGGGCUCACUUCUACAAACCUGUGUCUUUCUCUCUCACUCCUAUUUCUGCUUGCUCACUUCACCACUGUGCCCCAGUCAUCCGAGUCUCCUUGCUUUUUAUUUUUGAGCCUCCCUAAAACAUUUGCUUUUCUCAGAACUUCGCUUUGGUUGCUCUCUAAUUUGAAUGCCUACUCCACCCCUCAGUGAGACCUCUCAGUGAGACCUACCCUGGUCCCCAUAUCCUAUUUUCACAAAAAAUUAUUCUCUGCAACACUUAACCACCUUCUACCAUGCUUUAUAAUGUGCUUAUUAUAUUUAGUUUUGCUCUCUCUCCAGUAGUAAAAGAAGGACAACCUUAUAACAGCAGGUAUUUUUGUCUAUUUUGUUCAAUGCUGUAUCCUCAGCCUUAGAAAAACAGCUUGCAAAUAACAGAUGUUCAGAAAAAGUUUUUUGAAUGAACGCUCCUUCCAGCUUCUGGCUUUCUUCCAAAUGAGCGCAGCGUCUUUGCCUUUGGCUCCUCCUAUAAAUACAACCAGCUUCCUGCCUGACCAACCUCUUGAUGAUUCAGUAAUCAGGCCUGCGACGUUUUUGCCCCAAGCAAGGGACACAGGGCAGGUACACGGCCUCACCAGCCAAGCAGAACCAACAGUGCCAGAAAACUACUGUGUCCUCCAUCUCUCCUUCAUCUUUCUUUUCCAGCUGACUUUGUCCACCAGUCUCCUUUCUCUGGUUUCCAAACUUUUUCUGUUUUCCAACUCGGGCUUUUUCUCAGGUUCCCCCACCGACAGUAACCUUCCUGGGGGUCCCCUUCCACGCUGACCACCUCCACUACCGUCCCACCUCCCGGUUAUGUGAGGUGCUCCUGAAUUUCUUUCAAUUUUCUGAAAAUCUGCUUCAGAAAGUCCACUAUCUCGUCUUCCCUAAACCCAGCUAGGGUCUUUUUUUUUUUUCCCGGUACCGGGAAUCGAACUCACGACCUUGCGCUUGCCAGGCAGGCGCCCAGCUAGGGUCUCGAUCUUUUCUGCUGUUCUACUGAAUAGCACACAUCUUUCUAGAAGCUCGCGCGUUGCUUCUACCUCCUUCCCUGCUUCCGCACUGGUCCUUCCUACGCCUCCCUCACAGCUGUCCCCAAGGCUUCUCCGGAGAGCUGGGCCGCGCCCCUCCGGCCUCCAGCGCGCUUCUGGCCGCGCUCCAGUACCUGCCGGCUCGGGGUUCGAGCGCUAGGCUCCUGGGGAGCUGCGCGGAGCCCGCGGAGCUGACCGCAGCGGGAAUCUCGCAGCGGGAAUCUCGCGGCUGGAACAUAGCUUGCGGGCAGGGGCGGGGCCCUGGCGCUGAGGAGUUCUGGACCUCUGGGGCUUCCGUCCUGGUGCGCUCCCGGAAGACCGUGCGGGUUUGGGGUCCUGGACUCCGGCUAAGGGACGUGGCUGAAGAUGGAGUUCGACUGCGAGGGUGUGAGACGGCUUCUUGGCAAGAACUUGCAAAUCUGGUUUUUCAUGUGCCAUUGUACUGAACCGGGCUACUUCUACCAGAAAAAUCAAAAGGAAACUUUCAAAACAAAUCCUGAAGUGAUGAGGGUCUGUUGGACCCGCUGUGAUGCCUGGGUAAACAUACCCAAAACCAGUUAAAUGGAGCAUAAAGUACAAGUUCAGGGAUCUAACUGUGGAAGAACUAAAGAACGUAAAUAUGUUUUUCCCACAUUUCAGAUACUCCAUGGAUACCUACGUUUUUAAAGAUAGUUCCCAGAAGGACCUGCUGAAUUUUACUGGCACUAUUCCUGUGAAGUAUCAGGGUAACACGUAUAACAUACCAGUUCGUUUCUGGAUUUUGGAUUCUCAUCCUUUUGCUCCCCCCAUUUGCUUCUUGAAGCCAACUGCAAAUAUGGGAAUCACAGUUGGAAAACACGUGGAUGCUCAAGGCAGAAUAUACUUGCCCUAUCUCCAGAACUGGAGCCAUCCUAAAUCUGUCAUUGUUGGAUUAAUUAAAGAAAUGAUUGCCAAGUUUCAAGAGGAACUUCCCCUGUAUUCUCUGCCAUCAUCUGAUGAGGCUCGGCAGGUAGACUUGCUGGCCUAUAUUGCAAAAAUCACUGAAGGUGUCUCAGAUAUAAAUUCAAAGAGUUGGACAAGUCCUGAGAACAAAAUAGCCAAUAAAAUUACUGUGGUUGGAGGUGGAGAGUUGGGUAUUGCCUGCACGUUAGCAAUUUCAGCAAAGGGCAUUGCGGAUAAGCUGGUCCUUCUAGACUGUUCAGAAGGGACUAAAGGAGGAACAAUGGACCUUGACAUCUUCAGCCUGCCUAAUGUGGAGAUCAGCAAAGAUUUGUCUGCCUCUGCUCAUUCCAAGGUGGUGAUCUUCACAGUCAACUCUCUGGGUCGUUCUGAGUCCUACCUUGAUGUGGUGCAGAGCAACGUGGAUAUGUUCCGAGCCCUCGUCCCCGCCCUGGCACAUUACAGCCAACAUGCCGUCCUGGUCGUUGCGUCUCAGCCAGUGGAAAUCAUGACUUACGUGACAUGGAAACUGAGUACAUUUCCUGCAAAUCAAGUGAUUGGAAUUGGAUGUAAUCUGGAUUCACAGAGAUUACAAUAUAUUAUCACAAACGUUUUAAAUGCACAAACUUCAGGCAAAGAAGUAUGGGUUAUUGGUGAACAGGGAGAAGACAAAGUGCCCACAUGGGGUGGACAAGAAGUAGUGAAUCACAGCUCUCAGGCACAGCUGUGCACCAGAGCCAUGGAACUGUUAAGGGUAAAAGGUCAGAGAUCCUGGUCUGUGGGACUAUCAGUAGCUGACCUGGUUGACAGCGUCGUGAACAAUAAAAAGAAAGUGCAUUCUGUAUCCACUUUAGCAAAGGGAUAUUACGAUAUAAAUAGUGAAGUGUUUUUAAGUUUGCCUUGCAUCCUUGGAACUGGUGGGGUAUCUGAAGUCAUCAAAACUUCAGUGACAGAAGUUACAGUGACUGAAAAACUCCAGAGCAGUGCAUCCUCAAUCCACGGUCUCCAGCAACAGUUAAAACUUUGAUUUUCAAACACAGUUACCGCAAAGGAAAAGUCAUUUUAAUUUCGCCAACAUAUAUAGAUUUGAAAACUUCUGUGUCUUUUACUUUAUAAACCUUUUGGUUAAAAUAGAUUUUUUUUUGGUUAGUUUCAUAAUUUGAAUCCUUAAAGAGUUAGAUAAGGGAAAGAAAGUAAUCUAUUUAGGAGAGGUUCUUAAUAAAUCUGUACUCUUUUUUUGUGUGUGUGUUUUUGAGACAGAGUUUCACUAUGUAGUUCAGGCUGGCCUUGAGCUCAGUUUGUAGCC